UCAAGCUUCAAGCUCAAAACACCACAAGAAGAGGAGUCUAAGCAGUACUUGCAUUGGUAUUAUUUGAGGAUGGCUCAAGAAUGGAUCCUUCUGUUAUGUUUGGGCUUCCUGGGGUCUGGACUCAGCCAGAAUCCACCGUGGUUCAAGAACAUCUCAACAAGCCUUUUCAAAUCCCCCGGAGAUAUUCUGUUAGGAGGACUUUUCCCCAUUAAUGAAAUCACCAGCAACUUGAGCAAACAUGUAAAGCCUGAUGAUAUUGAGUGUAACAGGGUCAACACAUAUGGUCUGUCUAUGUCAUUGGUCAUGAAGUACUCUGUGGAUAAGAUCAAUGCUGAACCAGAUCUUCUCCCUGGAAUCACACUAGGCUUUGAGAACUUCGACACCUGCAUGCAGCCAGCCGUCGUCAUGAAGCCUGUCCUCCAGUUUCUCACAAAGGAAACAUCAGAUGUAAUGGAGAUCUCCUGUAACUACACCGACUACAAGCCUCGUGUUAUAGCUAUCAUUGGACCAAACAACUCUGACUUGGUCCCGCACAUUGGCAAGCUCAUUGGGUUUUUCUUGAUGCCACUGAUUAGCUAUGGUGCCACCAGCGACGUGUUCAGUGACAAAGAGUCGUAUCCUUCCUUCAUGCGUACUGUGGCCAGUGACCGUUGGCAAGUUAUCGCAAUGGUGCAGCUGCUGAAAGAGUUUAGGUGGAACUGGGUGGCAGUGGUCGGUAGUGAUGACGAAUACGGUCAGAAGGGCCAGCAGCAGUUCUCCAGUAUGGCCAAUGAGGCAUCCAUCUGCGUGGCAUAUCAAGCUCUGAUUCCUGUAUACAAUGACCCAAAGCCAGUGUUGAGAGAUAUACUUGAUCAUAUUGAUGAUGCUAAAGUGGGAGUGGUGGUGGUCUUCUCUGUCCCCAAUCUGGCUAAAGAAUUUUUUAUAGAGGUAAUCAAAAGAAAUAUGACAGCGGUUUGGGUGGCGAGCACAGCAUGGGGUCUGAAUGAAGAUAUAUUCAACCUGCCUGGCAUUAGUUCUAUUGGCACAGUGCUGGCGUUUGCUGACAUCACCAAAACUAUCAAUCUGUUCACUCCCUAUGUCCUUGAGCUCUUCACCAAAAUAGAGGCAGAGAGACCAUUACUCUUCACCCAGCAGCCAGAUGCACAACCCUCCCCUCUGGACAACCCUUGCCCAAGAUGCAGCAACCUCACCUCAGUCAACGUGAGCAUGGUCAUGACAAACCUUGUGCAGAGGUCAGCUUUCAAAGUGCAUUCUGCCAUCUACUGUGUUGCACAGGCACUGCAUGACUUGCUUGGAUGCAAUGCCAAGAGUUGUGCUUUAAAUCCCAAAACGGACAAAUUCUAUCCAUGGCAGCUGUUAAAAAAACUCAAAAAUGUUUCCAUAAAUGUAGAGGGGAUAAAUUUCACGUUUGAUAAAGAGGGUAAUCCAAACUUCGGCUACGAUAUGAUGCAGUGGAUCUUUAAUGGCACUAGUGUGAAUUUUAAUGGAAUUGGAUCCUUUUAUCAGAACCUCAAGAUUAAUAAAGAUGAGAUAAAAUGGCACACUGCGAAUUCUAAGGUACCAAUGUCCACUUGCUCCUCAAACUGCGAGACAGGACAGGUGCGCAGAGUCAAAGGCUAUCACUCCUGCUGUUUUGACUGCAUUGACUGCAAAGAGGGAACAUACCUGAACAAAUCAGAUGACAUCCAGUGUACACAAUGUCCUACCGGCCAGUGGUCCAUUCUACGAAGCACAAGCUGCGUCUAUCCCAUCUAUAUUUUCUUGGACUGGACCAAUAAUGAGUCAAUAGCACUCAUUCUGGGAGGAAUUUUGUUGCUUGCAUCACAUGCAUGGGUAGGGUUUCAUUUCUUUAGGCACAGAGGAACUCCAUUGGUGAAAAUGGCAGGUGGAUCGCUGAGUGGCCUGGCCCUGUUGUGCCUAGUGGGACAAUGUAUAAGCCUACUGCUGUUCCUAGGUCAGCCGGGUGACAUUGUGUGCCGUCUGCAGCAGCCAUUAAAUACUUUCUUUCCCACCGUGACCCUCUCGGUCAUUCUGACCGUUUCCCUUCAGAUUGUCUGUGUCACAGAGUUCCCAGAAAAAUCAACAGAACACCUGAAGAACCUGCGAGGACGAGUGAGCUGGUUUGUGGUUCUGGGUUGUUGUGGGGCCCAAGCAGGACUGUGCGGCUGGUACGUCCAAGAAGGUCCCUCCCUAACCCAAUAUGUCUCCAAACUGGAGGUGGUCUAUGUGAGAAGUUUUCUACGCUGCCCGGUGGAGCCGGUGUUGAACUUUGGCUUGAUGCUUGGUUUCAAUGUACUUCUGUCACUUGUAUCAUUCAUGUCUACCUUCAUGGCUCUAAAGCCAGUCGGACAGUACAACCUGGCCAGGGAUAUAACCAUCUCCACCUUGACUUACUGUGUAAUGUGGGUGAUGUUCAUCCCCAUCUACACAAGUCUGGAUGAUAAAUUUAAAUCUAUUGCUCAAGUUGCGGUCAGUAUAGCUAGUAAUAUGGUGCUGGUAGCUAAUUAUUUUCUCCCUAAAUGCCUUCUAUUAAUCAAACGCCCAGAGCUCAACACAGAUGAUCACUUUCGUAUAUUUUUAGAAGGAGUCCCACCUACGCCACCUGAAUAAAGCCAGGAAAAACUGCUACAUUUAUUUUUACUAAAUAUUUAUUAUUAUUACACAGAUCUCUGAAUUAUUCAUGAUUGGCCAAUUGUGGCAUUCUGUGGUCAAAUAUUUUGUAUAAUUACCACUAAACCAUGCAAUUAUGCUAAUUUCAUGUCUUUCUUGUCACGUAAUAUAAUUUUUUUACUUUUAGUUAUAUAUGUAGCCCUGCAAUAAGUGGAAUAAUGACUGACUGACUGUACUUUAUAGCUUACUUAUUAUUAAUAGUAACAAUAAUAAAUGUGUAGACCUUAUUCACAGUAGCGCCAUAUUAAAUUUUUGACGUGAAGGAAAACAAAGCUGUGAGGGAUAGACUUACGGUCUCUUAACUGACUUGCACUGUGUAAAGUAGAGGUUGGCUGAUAGUGGAUUUUGCCAAUAGCAAUAACUAAGGUGGUGGCUGAUAACCUAUUAAUUGGUUUAUAGUUUUUAAAAAUCAAUACAUAGAAUGAUAAAAAUUUCCUAGUCUUUCCUUUCUAUGAUAGGCACAUACAUUAGCCGCUUUUCAACUAUCGCCAGCCGGGUCAACAUUCCAGCCGAGCCCAAUAGCUUCAGACCUUGAGCCAUGAGACUAAAAUCGAUGUGUUCCUACCGUUGGGCCAAUAGCCCUGCAGCGUUGCACGAAAACCUGCCCUUAACAUGCUGCCCUGGUGCCAACGUCACACAUCCCGCCCAUUUCACAAGCAAUAGGGAAGCUCAGUCUUAGGUAACACGUUAUCUAGUUAUCUACCUAGAAUAUCGAGUUCAUAUUUGUUUGUAAACAUUAGCUAGCUAGCAAGAUAAGUUAGCGCUGACAACACACCGUUGACUGUAACUGCUAUGGUGUCCUGAGUAGUCUCUCCACUAACAGCACACUGUCCAUGAUCUCAAACUAUGGAAUGUUAUUUAUUUGGGCACUGCUUUGUCCAUUGUGCAUUUUAAAGGAUUUGUACUGCAUCCACAAUAUUUAAAUUAUUCCAGAAUCUGUAUCAGCUGGAUACACAAUCUGGCAAGUUUGGUGGAACUCCACCUUUGACAUUGACCCACACCUCUAUCCCCAGUUGGCCUUUUUUGGCCCAUGGGUAAUCAGCGGGCCAAAGGAGCCCCAAGGAGGCACGAUGAAGCCCCAAAAGUGACAGUGGGUAUGCAAUAGGCCCUGGCAUGCACUAGAAUGCUGGCAUUUGGCCUGAUAAUGGAAACGCGGCUACUGAGGCCACAGGAGUCCAACCAAAAUUCUAAAAGUUUUUUGUCUACUCAUAUAUCCUUGGAAGGAUAUAUUUUCAAUUGUUCAUCAGCGGAGCAGUCCAAAAACAAGAGCUAUUCUUAAAGUAUAAAACAUUUUUUAUAAUUCUUUGCAAAGUUCAAUUAUUUGAACUAUUUUGUUCUCAACAAUUUUAAUUUUAAUUAGUUUCAUGUGCUUUUACCAAGUCAAUCUGUUCUUGCCCCUA